AGCAUCUGGAGAAGCAUGAGCGGCAUUGGGACUUUCUAAUUCGGGAGUUCACUCGCUGGUCCGAGUGCCUUCUCAAACUGUCACACCGCUUCUACAUUUAAGCCUGAAACAACAACAUAGUUACAAGAAACAUAUGAUUCACUUGAAUGAAGAUUUGUAGAAUUUUGCUAGGUCAUGGUGAUAAGCGCAGCAGGAGCAGUACUAGCUGAUGUUUCCCUGUUGUUCGCGGGUAAGUGCAAGACGAUAGUUUUUCUAAGGCCGCGUCGAAGAUGAGAUUAAUUCUCGCUCGAAGGAAAUCCUUGAGCAGUAUCGCAAGUUGCAGCGAGAGUACGACAAAACCUGCAGAAUUCUGAACAACGCCAAUUAUGACACGUCCACGGUAAUCAUGACAUCGUCACUGUUCGUGGCAGUAGAGCCAACGCGUGUCAUCCUUCGUGUGUCUUCGAAUAACCACCCAAUCAGAGUGAUCAUCUUGCCUUUUUAAGUAUGUAUAGAAAUCAUUUGUGGCUCUGGGUUGUCCACAACGAACAAAAGCGAAUUCUUUGUAGCACUUUUUCCGAAACUACUUUACGCAGUAGUUGCUUUGUGACAAACUACGCAACAUCAUCUAACGACCAGCACCUUACAGGAGGCCGCAUUUUAGGAUUGUCUAACCAACAUAAAAGUAGAGGCUUUCUAAGCUAAGCAGGGGGUUGACCUCAUCACGCAACUGAAAUGGAACGAAGACGACGACCUCUUGCGGAAAUGGCGACACGCAUGCCUUUGCAUCCAGAAGAUUUAUCGGGGAAACCAAUCGCGCGACCUUGUUCAUCGCAUGAAAAAGUCUAUACCUUUUCUCAGGUAUUAUACACAAAUGGAGUACAUUCGCUUUCGCAUUGAAUACGUCAAUAUUAGGACUAAGCCCAAUUAUAAUCUGUUACUUUACUUGUAGUUGUACCUGAACUUAUAGCAUGGUCGACGCGUCUUCUACUUGUAACGUCCAUUUUGAACGUUUAUUGGCACCUUGGGGGUCUUGAUAUUCAGAAUUCCACUUUCUCGUCAAUCCAAGGUAUUAUGUGCGCAAGUAUCUAAUAAGACUGCGGCACAAGAUGAUGGUACGAGAGAAAUGCGUGCCGCUCUUGACCAAAGUUCAGGCUCAUUUUCGUCGCCAUCUUGCCAAAAAGAUUGUUGCGGCACGCAUGCUAGCGUUGUGCCAGCCUAUCGCAGAGGCUUUCAACCUUACGGGCUACAUAGAUGCAGUGCACUUUUCGGAGAAUUUUCUCACGCUCUAACGUCAUUUUGCAAGGAUGUUGAUCAGAGUUGAGGCAUUUUUGAUGGUAGCUGGAGCUGCAGACAGUGAUUAUAGAUGCAGUUCGAACUGAAGAAAUCAGUUUGACUGAUGUGUAGCAGGCUAGAGCUUGCUACAGUAAGGUUUCGGGUCUUUCCUUAGUAACUGCGAUGUAACUGAUAUUGUUGUGCUUGUCGCUAAGGAUUCACUUGUCCGUCGCUUCUACUACGACAGCUGCUGGUUUGAAAAUACAGUCCUGCUAGGAUGGGGGCAGAGUGCGUUGGUAUUUGCAGUCUUCGACUACAUGUCACGUUUAAUAGUGAUUGCACAUAUUUUGAAUUUCCUUCCUGUGUCUGUCAGCAUAGCAACCGGCAAAAACUCAACAGACGAUGCAGCGUUUAUAUCGUGGAUGGAAGGGGAGGAAGCGUGCGCGGCGUGCGGCCGACCGGCGACAGAAGGCUGAAAUCGAACGGGCGCGCAAGAAUCGGCUGGCAGCUGCAGAGCGGGAAGCUGAAGACUUGAAGGAACGCAUGCGACAAGAGGAUUACGGCUUUUUAGCACAGACACGGAUCGAUUUUUUUGAAGCUGCUGCUCCAUGUUGUUCGUUCCAAUAUCUUUUUUCUGCCUGCUCCCUCAAGAAGAUGUUCCAAAAGAUGCCUUUUUUUGUUCGCUCUAACACGUGCUAGCGCGGCGGAAGGCUGAGGCUGAAUUUGCAUUGCAAAAGAAACAGCGGGCAGAGGCCCGCGCGACGGCAGAGAAGGCAGAGCAGGAGAGAUUGGCGAUGUUACGGUAGAUGACGUGUCAUUUUCCCAGGAGUGUUAGAUAAUGUCUGACUCCUUCGUCAUCAUCUCCUGAUAUGAGUUUUUAUUCAUCUUCGUCAGAGCUAGCAGUAAUAGAAAUGCUGAAGCACCUUUAGUACAUGCACAAGAUUGAAGCUGGAUGAACAAUAGCAAUUGUAGGAGGACCUGCUGCCUCUACUUGACCGGCAGUAUAACGCCAGGAAGAUUCUCGUUUGAAUUGAACGUAGAAUAGAUUAAGGCAGCAUCAAACAUCAAGACGCGGAUUUUGCUUUAAGACCAGAGGAGCAUUUGCGUCAGGAGCGCAGGCGCGAGGAAAUGCUGGCUCGGAAGAAGGCGGAGGCGGACGCCAAAGCCGCCAAAAAACGUGUUCUGGAGGAGCGCCGGGAGCAAAUGCGUAAGCGCAUCGCGGAAGAACAGAAGAUCUUCGAUGAGCGCGAGAGGAAUAGAAAAUCGUGGGCAAAAGAAGCGCUGCAGGAGCAGCGUAAGCUCUUCAUGGAGAAAUUGGUGGCCGACCGGCAAGCGCGAGAGGCUGCAGUCGCAGCGGAAGCCGAAGCUCGAAGGCAGCGUGAAGACGAACGCCGUCUAAAAAUCGAAUGGAUGAACCGGCCCUGGAAAUUACGGAUCCUUUCUUAUUUAUUAUAGUAGUAGCCAUAGGCUUCAUCGCAAGAAUAACCUCGAGUACUGAUGAUUUAAUCAUCAUUUCAGUUCUCGAGCACAUUUUUUUCGACAAUGUUGAUUCUUUCUGCGAAGCCAUCUCCUAUAACUACAGAUGUUGUACAUGCUCUUGUAUGGUUGCGGAAAUUAAACGUUUAAGUUCUGCUCUAAUACACGGCGACGACGCGGAGGUGGCUGCAUUUCGGGAUUGGUUCUUGCAGCGGUUCGGCGGCGAGGACAAGUGGAAGGAUGACGGGGACGCGGAGGAAGCAGUCGCAGCAUCACCGACGUCACCUGCACUCGCUGCAACUGGAGUCGCGGCUCCGCAGAAAAUGUCGCUUCAACUGCAGCAGUUUCGUGUAUCGCGCGCAUUUGCUUUCCUAGAUCGCCAGUUGGAGGACGUCUUGCCUAUACCGGGAUUCACCCCAAAGCUGUUCACG